UCCUAUACACAGGGCAGAGAGAAACAGGGAAUACGGGGAAAGCUGGGGAGGGGCUUUUCAGCUCAUCUAACCUGACUGAAGCUGUGACUACAGGAAGCGACCGACACACUCCAUCACACUCAGGACACACCCUUGCCUACCACGCAGUGUGGUACAGUGCAGUGCAGUGGACAGGAGGUGGUUGAGAAACGGUGAGAGUUUGUAUAACAGGCAGCAACGGCCUGAACAGAGGGAGGGAUGGGAAUGCUGAAUCAGUGAAAAUGCAUGAAAGCCUGGGAGAGGGUGGAAGAGGGUAAACGGCAGGGGGGAGAGGGAAUAGAAAGGUAACAGCGAGUGGUAGACUGGUGUUCAAUAAGUCAGGAAAGUCUUUCAGCUCUCAGUCACAUGGAGGUAGACCAGGUGGUGCCUUUGCCAAGGUUGCCCCGGGUCGCCGUGUGUGGAGGUACCCAUGGGAACGAGCUGUCCGGCGUGUAUUUGGUGCGAGAGCUGCUGAAGCUGCAGAGAGAAGUUAUGAAGAAAGAGCAAGAGGAGGACUUGAAGCCUGCGUCUGUGCUGCUGGUGCUGUCAAACCCGCGGGCAAUGCAGCAGUGUCGCCGAUACGUGGACACUGAUCUGAACCGCUGCUUCACCCAUGCCACCCUCAAUGGUCCCCUCUCAGACAUGGCCCCCUAUGAGAUCAUCAGGUCCCGAGAGCUGAACGCCCUGCUGGGGCCCAAGGGCAGUCCGGCGGCAGUGGAUCUGGUCUGCGACCUCCACAACACCACUGCCAACAUGGGCCUAUGCUUCAUCGCAUACUCUGACUGUGACUGGAUCUGCCUGCACAUAUUUAGACACCUGCAGAGGGAGAUGCCGGAUACACCAAUGAGAUUCCUACAUUUUGAUGUGUCCAACAAAGAGUCCUAUUCCCUUGAUUCAGUGGGAAAACAUGGCUUUGCCAUGGAGAUUGGCCCUCAGCCCCAUGGUGUGGUGAGGUCUAACAUCUAUACAGCAAUGAAAGUGGGUGUCCAGCACAUGCUCGACUGGGUCCGCCUCUUUAACUCAGGUAACGUGUUUGAGGGAGGAUUUGUGGACGUGUUCACUAUGGUUAAACACAUCGACUACCCGAGAGACAGUGAGACCCGCAAUAUCACAGCAGCCAUUCAUCCUUGUCUCCAGGACCGAGACUUCUGCCUGCUCCACCCUGAAGACCCGCUGUUCCAGACGUUCUCAGGGGAAACAGUGAGGUAUAAAGGCACUGAACCUCUCUAUCCUUUCUUCAUCAAUGAAUGCGCUUACUACGAGAAGGGCAUCGCUCUCUCUCUGGCGAGAAAGAGGCGCGUAACGAUUCCUGCAAUCCGGGUGCAGACGGAGCAGGAGCAACAACCUAAUGAGCAGGGAUUUGCAUCAGAAGAAGAGGAGUGAAGACAUUCACAACACGAGAUCGAUGACUGAAUUAAAUUUUUACAAAAACUUU